CACAGGUGAACAAUAUAUAAAGACUUUGACACACGUUUUCACAGUUUGAAAUUGAGCGAAUGUGUGAAAAUAUUUUACAUUUAAUUUCUAAAUUAAAUAACCUAAAAUUAAAGCCUCGAUUAAUUGAACGUUUUAACUGGAUGUUGAUUAAUGAGCGAUUAUUUUAUUUAUUGCCCUCAUAUAUUCUACUGAUAAGUUUUGUACAGUACAUUUGCUCACAUAUUACAAGAGAUUUUUGAAUGAAGGGUGCAUUACCUGAUUAUAAAAUACUCGACUCCACAUGCGGUAAAGAAAGUACUUAAAAAAAUUGUCGAUUUCGAUUACUUUUCGAUUGAUUUGCCAGCCCUGAUUUGGUAGUGUUUAAACUGCAGUAAACUAUCUUAACCCCCUUACAACUUAUGUGUCCCCUAUGAUUGAGGUAAAGUUGGACUUUCUCCUUUCUCCAAUUAUAUGUCAGAAAUGUAUUUUUUGCUAAUUCAAAAUAUAGGGAAAUCAUAUUAUCAGCCAGUGACUAUCAAAGUACAACACUGUUCAGUCAAUUAAAUAGUGCUAAUGUUGUUUGUAAUGUUCAAAAAUGAAUGAAUGUGCAAAUGUAAAACCAACUUUACCUCAGUCAAAUGUUGUGCCUUUUAUUUCUGAGGGUGAACACUGCAAAUCAGCUAUAAUUUGGUCAGGAAAUCUUGUCAGUUAUUGUGGGCGCUACCAACACCUUACCUCAUCAUGGAAACCUGGGAGAAACAGAGUUUAUAGGCCUAUAGAAACUUAGCUGUUCUAUAGGCCUAUUUUGGUAUAUUUCUUUAGGUGUUUAACUGCAGUAAACUACAUUUCCCCCUGUACAACUCAUGUUUGCACCAUGCUGAUGAAGUUUCUCCGUCUCCUCCCGUCUCUCUGGUCUCAUGCUCGACUGGCGAGUCACAAGUUGUGCUUUUUCCCUCCGCGGGGCGUUUCUGUUUCUCCCAGAGUCUCUCCCAGCGGAUCACACGCGUCCAUGUUCGCCUCUGUCUCACACAGCCAUGCAGAACCAUCACCUGAAGGAACAUCUCUAUAAAAUCCUGGUGAUCGGGGACCUGGGAGUGGGGAAAACCAGCAUUAUCAAGCGCUACGUGCACCAGAACUUCUCACCAAACUACCGUGCCACCAUCGGCGUGGAUUUCGCGCUCAAAGUAGGAGAAUAUUAAUAUAGAUGAAGCCGCACACUGUCUGGUGAAGCACAUUAUAGCUAAUGAGAACGAUCUGCUGCAGUCUGAGGUGGCAGACACUAUUUCACCGCAGCAGGAGUCCAGUCGUGGAGGAACCUGCUCGGCCUGUUUCAGGUCCUGAAGACGCUCCGUUUCUCCAUCCAGACUCACGCUCGUCUCUUCAUCACGCUUCCUCAUCUGAAUGGUGCUGCUGAGUCUCUGGUUUAUACAGUACGUGUGUGUCAGAGACAGGCUGGUCGGUCUUCUUCCAUGGUUGCAGACUUAUCCAACAUUGUGCAGAUGUUUUAAGAGACGGCGGUGAAAACACAACUUCACGCAGAACUUGCCGAAUAAUCAGGAUGCAAAAAAAAAAAAGCCCCAAAGACCACUUAUGCA